CUUUGACACAAAUCCACUGCUUUGCUUUGUUCCCAUUAAACAUUUGAAUUAACGGCAGCGACGUUCAGUGUGGGAGCAGCCCGGCAUGUUAUGUACUCAAAGUAAUUUUAAAUCGACCAACAGGAAUUUAGUUGGUCGUGUUGAGCUGCUCAUGCAUGGUUUUAGUUAGAAAAGGCACUCAAGUUGAAGUGAGUGCGCAAACUUUUGGUAUCUCGGCUUGCUGCUUCCUCCAUUUAACGCUGCGAAAGUUUGGUUGCCAAAAAAAAAAAAAAAAAAAAAAGACAGAACCGGGAUUUUAUAGGUCGCCUUGGAUCUCUGUCUUCCCAAAAAGGUUUACAGGGAGUGAUCCUUGUACUCUCAUGUCUGUAGUUAUGGUUGUGUGGUCCGCUGCACUAGUUUUCUCAAGCCAGAUUAAAACCAAGUUAUCUUGGGUUCCUUGCUGCAUGAACUUGUCCAUGGCUGGUCCUUCUUUAUCCUGGUAGCUACUCAGUGUCAAGCUGGACCCGAAGACUCUUCCUCCCCACACCUGUUCCUAUACCUCCGCCCCAUCCCCAGAACAGUUGUCUCAUCAUAUAGCUCACCUUCCCAACCCAGGGAUCCAUUUGGCCAACGAGGAGGAAGAGAAAGAGGAAGUGUGUGUCAGUGAAGCACGGCUCCAGGCUUCGCCUGAUGGAUUCAUGGUCACCUACAGAGAUGCUGAGACCAUUACCGAUGUGUGUAACAAUACUGACUUGCCGGAACUCGAGAUUAUUAGCCUUUUGGAGGAACAACUCCCUGUCUACAAGCUAAGGGCCGACACUAUAUUCGGGUACGAACAAGAUGACUGGCUACACACGCCUUUGGUGGACCCUAACUCCUCCCUCGACCUGACUGCGGAGCAGAUAGAGGAGACCCUCAAGUACUUCUUGCUGUGUGCCGAUAGAGUUGGACAGAUGACAAAGACCUACAGUGACAUUGACGCCGUCACCCGACUGCUGGAAGAGAAAGAGCGUGACUUGGAAUUAGCGGCUCGGAUUGGUCAAUCACUGCUAAAGAAAAACAAGGCCCUGAGUGAGCGAAAUGAACUACUGGAGGAGCAAGUUGAGCACAUACGAGAGGAGGUAUCCCAGCUGCGCCAUGAUGUAUCCAUGAAAGAUGAGCUGUUGCAGUUCUAUACCAACGCUGCUGAGGAAAGUGAGGGGGAGUCGACCACUUCCACACCUGUGCGGCCCAGUGAGAACAACGUGCCAACGCCAACUUAUUUCCCCCUGGACUCAUUGCAGAAGAAACUGAAAGAUCUAGAAGAAGAAAAUAAAUCUUUGCGUUCUGAGGCCAGUCAUUUGGAGACAGAAACCCUCUGCUAUGAAGAAAAAGAGCAACAGCUGGUCAAUGACUGUGUCAAAGAACUUCGUGUUGCCAACCUGCAAAUAUCCUCCCUGGCUGAAGAGCUGGCGAGGAAAUCUGAGGAUGCUUCCAGACAGCAGGAGGAGAUCACUCAUCUUCUCUCCCAGAUAGUAGACCUCCAGAAAAAGGCUAAGAUGUACGCUGUGGAGAAUGAAGAACUCACACAGCACCUAGGAGCUGCCAAAGAUGCUCAGCGACAGCUCACUGCUGAGUUGGGUGAGUUGCAGGACAAGUAUGCGGAGUGCAUCGAAAUGCUACAUGAAGCUCAAGAGGAGCUGAAAAACCUGAGAAAUAAAGCUGCUCCAUCUAACACACAGAGACGUUUCCAUUCUCUGGGCUUGUUCGCGAUGGACUCUCUGGCAGCUGAAAUAGAGGGCACCAUGAGGAAAGAACUACAGAUGGAUGACCCAGAUGUGGAGGAGCUAAGACUGCAGCCAAAACGUGUGUUCCAGACUGUGAAAAACCUCAACCUCAUGCGUCAGCAGCGUUCGUCGCUUGCCCCCUCGCCCCUCAACAUCCCGGGUUCCAAUCAGUCAUCAUGCAUCGCUUCGGGCCGCUCCAGCAGGGUGGGCACACCUCGCUCCAACUCUAUGUAUGGCAGCGAAACAGGAAGUGGAAUUAUGAUGGACAACAGAAGCAGCUGCAUUCUGGAGACACCAGAUAAUGGAUCCGAGGACUCGAACAAGUGGCCCCCGGGAGCUCCAGGCACCCCUGGCAGUCAGGAUUUGGAGAGAGCCCUGCGGCGUCUGUCCCUACGCCGUGACAAUUACCUCUCAGAAAAACGUUUCUUUGAAGAGGAGAGGGAGAGGAAGUUGGCUUACUUGGCCAAAGAAGAGGAGAAAGGAGGUAGUGAAUGUAGUGGAGGCCUUGGAACGCCAUCAGAGAGUCUGUUCUCACUCUGCUCACAUCCGUCGUUGGGAAGCGCGUGGUCGGGAUACUCGUUCACCGCCAGAUCCUACCUCCCUGAGAAGCUGCAGAUUGUCAAGCCGCUGGAAGGUUCUGCGACACUCUAUGCAUGGCAACAGUUGGCUCAACCUCAUAUGGGUGCGUUGCUGGAUGAUCGGCCUGGUGUAGUCACAAAGGGCUUUCGGACUUUAUCACACGAGCAUGAUGAAAUGGAUGCUUGGCAAUUGGACCAGCCAGAAGAGGACGAAGUCUUGAGCGAAUCUUGUGCAGGCUUGUCAGGAGAGAGCUUUUUGGACACUUUGUACUGCAGUUCUCCGCUUUCAGUCUGUCGCAGUAAAACUAUCAAAACUGAUGCCAGUAAUCCAUCAGAAACACUGCAUGGAGAAAGGGAAGCGACACUAGAGAAAAUUCAAGCAAAAGAUGUCAUUCCUUCUGCGAGCCCACCGACCUCUUCCCCAACACUAUCUUCGUCUGAGAUGAACGGGCAUGUGGACUUAAAAGAACUCUGCACACCGGACCACUUGCCUGUUAACUUCCCAGGCAAGUGUAUGUCCCACACUAGCUCCACCUACACGUUAACCACCUGCAGGAUUCUCCACCCUUCUGAUCAGCAGACCUCCAUGUCAACAAGCUCAGCGCUCUCCUCUUGUCAGAGCAGUACAUCAUCUACUCCAGUAGUCUUCUCUGCUCCACAUACACCCUCUUACACCCCCUGCUGCACACCUCGCCGCCUCUCCUUGUCCCAGUCCCUGGCUGAAUCCUCCACCAACCUUCGAGACCCCACCAAGACCACCAGCACUUCGCUAGGGCUCGGACGCCUCCUGCUGGAGCACGGGAUCUCUGCGUCAGUGUAUGACCCGAGCAGCUGGGAUCGAGGAUCCGUGAGAGGAGAACAGCUAACAUCCAGUGACACUGUGGAGUGGAAUGAUGGCAGACUGAUGAUGAAACGCCCUAACACCCUCUUCCUGCUCCAGCCUUCCACUCCUCCAAAUUCUCCCCGCUCUUGCACUAAAUCUGCCGCCGCCUGCCCAGAUUUUCAGUUCAGUCCCUCAGAUGAUGACCCACUAUGUUUUGAUUCUUUCCUAGCUUCUAAGCCGGCGCGCAUCAUCCUGAGGGAAGUCCUAGGUGAGGCAGAGAGGGAGCGAAGUGGCCAGACUGAUAAAGAAAGUCAAACAGAAAUGAUAAACCUGAAACUCGUGGAAAAACUGAAAAGCUUCCACACCCUUCCACCUCACACCGCUUCCAUUGCACCUGCGAGUAGUCUGAUAGCUCCAUUCUGCCCUACUGGCUUCGGGAACACUGCUCUGGGUCUGAACACAGGACUGAGGAGGAAUAGAAGCUAUCCUGCUAUGGUAGGAGCCAGUAUGGCUAUGAAAGAUCCAGGAGGUCCUCAUACUACCGACAUCAUCAUACCACAUUUAGUGCAAGUCCCACCAACGCAACCAGUAGUGCACGUACACGAGACACAACAAACACAAACGAAUCACACCUUAACAAAGACACAGGACACUGUCUCAUCACUGACAACAAAACAGACACAAGCCACAUCCAAGAAAAUGCUGCAAGACCUUUGUAGCAAAGGAGAGUCGUGAUAAAAUCUCUUCAUAAACAGUAUAGCAAAUCUGUUCAUAAAAUCUGAGAUCAGAUACUGCACCUUACAACAGUAUGUACAGUGUAAGGUCCAUUCUGUAAGCCUACACUACCCUGAGAAAUCAUUUCCUUAACAACAGUAAUUGGUGUCAAUAUGAAAUUGUGGUGAAUGAAAUCGUGUGGGCCAUUUCCUGUGUCUUUUUUUAUCAUAAGGAUGUUGCCUUCCCAUGUGCAUCGAUGCAGGUGCUGGUCAUAUAAGUAGAGUCUCAUGUAAAAGUUAUUUCAGUAAUUUCAUUCAAAAAGUAAAAAUUGUAUAUUAUAUACAUUCAUUAGACACAGACUGUUAUAUUUCAAAGGUUUCUUUUAAUUUUGAUAAUUAUAACUGGCAAACGGUGAAAAUCCAGUUCAGUAUUCCAGAAAAUUAGAUUACUACUUAAGAGCCAUACAACAAGAUAAAUACUAUAUAUUUCUAGGAAUGUUGACCACCUGAAAAGUAUGAACAUAAGUAUGAGAAUAUAGAGCACUCAGUACUUAGUUGCGGCUCAUUUUGCCUGAAUUAAUGUAGCAAUGUGGCGUGUCACGGAGUCGAUCAGUCUGUGGCACUGCUCAGGUGUUAAUGAGAGCCUAGGUUGGUCUGAUAUCCCUCCAUCCAUCUUCUACCGCUUUUCCAGGUCGGGUUGCAGGGGCAGUAGCUUCAGCGGGGAUACCAAGGCUUCCCUUUCCCCAGCCACUUCAUCCAGCUCUUGCAUAAGAGAUCCCAACACAUUCCAAGGCUAGCCAAGAGACAUCAUCUCUCCACUGUAUCGUGGGUCGUUCCUGAAGUCUCUUUCUGAUGGGACGUUCCCGGAACACCUCACCAGUGAUGUGUCCGAGUGGCGUCCAGAUCAGAUGCCCCAGCCACCUCAUCUGGAUCCACUCAAUGUGGAGGACCAGUGGCUCGACACUGAGCCCCUCCCGCAUGGCCAAACUUCUCACCCUAUCUCUAAGGGAGAGCCGGACACCCUGCGGACGAAACUCAUUUCAGCUGCUUGUAUCCGGGAUCUUGUUCUUUCGAUCACGACCCACAUCUCUUGCCGCUAGGUGAUGGUAGGAAUGUAGAUCGACUGGUCAAUUGGGAGCUCCGCCUUUCGACUGAGCUCCCUCUUUACCACAAUGGCCCGAUACAAAGUCCGCAUCACUGCAGACGCUGCACCAAUCCACCUGUUGAUCUCCCACUCCAUUCUUCCUUUACUCGCGAAAGAGACCCCAAGGUACUUGAACUCCUCCACUUGGGGCAGGAUCUCAUCUCUGACCUGGAGAGGGUGGCCACCCUUUUCCGACUGAGGACCAUGGUCUCAGAUUUGGAGUUCCUUAUUCUCAUCUCAACCGUUUCACACAAGGCUGCAAACUUGACCGUUGGAGAUCAUGUUUUGAUGAAGCCAACAGAACCACAUCAUCUGCAAAGAGCAGAGAUGCGAUACUGAGGUCACCAUACCAGACAACCUCUAUGCCUCGGCUGCACCUACAAAUUCUGUCCAUAAAAGUUAUAAACAAAAUCGGUGACAAAGGGAAGCCUUGAUGGAGUCCAAGUUUCACCGGAAACGAGUGCGACUUAUUGCCGGCAAUGCGGACCAAACUCUUGCACCGAUCGUACAGGGACCGAUCAGCCCAUAUCAGGGGGUUCAGUACCCCAUACUCUACAAGAAUCCCCCAUAGGAUUCCACGAGGGACACGGUUGAAUGCCUUUUCCAAGUCCAGAAAACAUGUGGACUGGUUGGGCGGACUCCCAUGCACCCUUGAGGAUCCCAGUCUGCCAAUCCUGAGGCGCUGUCCCUGAUGUCCACGCGAUGUUGGAGAGGCAUGUCAACCAGAAUAGCACCACAACAUCCAAAGCCUUUAGGAACUCCAGGGGAAUCUGAUAGUGGCCUUCAAUUAUUCUGCAUUGUUGGGUAUUAUACCAUCUUCCGCUUCACAAUAGCUGAUAGCUUUUUUUUUUUAUUUUUUUUUAAUGGGGUUGAAGUCCGGCAGGCUUGCUGGUCACUUAAGAAAUGGGAUAACAUGGUGCUUAACCCAAGUACUGGUAGCUUUGGUACUGUGUGGAGGUGACAAUUCCUUUUGGAAAAUGAAUUCUGCAUUUCCAUAAAUUUCUCCAGCAGCAGGUUCCAUAAAGUGCUCUAAAACAUCCUGCUCGACUGCUGCAUUGACCUUGGAUGUAAGGAAACAUAGUGGACCAACACCAUGGCAUGUCAUGGCAGCCCAAACCAUCGUUUCCUGUGGAAACCUUACACUCUACCUCAACAAGGUGCACUCUAUUGCCUUUCCUCCCUUCGACACACUCUGGGACCUUGAUUUCCAAAGAACAUGUAAAAUUGUCUUUCCUCAGAGAACGAAACUUUGGACAACUCAGUCCUUUUUGUCUUUAGCCCAGGCAAGACACUUCUGAUGCUGUCCUGUUUAAGACUGGCUUGAUGCAAGGAAUGUGACAGCUUGCGUACGUCUGGGCAUUGUGAUUCUUGAACCACUGACUGGCUGCAGUCCACUCUUUGUGAAUCUACCCCACGUUUGAAUGGGUUUUGUUUCACAAUCCUCUCCAGUGUGCAGUUAUCCCUUUUGCUUGUCCAGUUGUUUUUAUUUUAUUUUUUUAUUAUUUACCACAUCUUUUCCUUCCCUUCGCCUCCAUUAAUACGCUUGGACACAGAACUCUGUGAACAGCCAGCAUCGGCUCCUUGUGAUAAGUGUCCGUGGUUGUAUUUUGUAAUCCACUGAACCAGACUGAGAGACCAUUUAAAGGCCUUUGCAGGUGUCUUGAUAUGAGUAGCUCAUUAGAGUGUGGCACCAGAUGUCUUCAUUAUUGCACCGCUCCACAUUGUUGUAAUUUUCUGAGUUUCUCAAUUUGGAAUUUAGUUUUCAGUUUUCAUCAACAUGAAAAUAAAUGAGCACUUGAAUUACUGUACGUCAGUCUGUGUGCAAUGCACGUAUACGUAAUACAAGAUUCACUUUUUAAUGAAAUGACAGUUCAGUAUAUUCUAGUUAUAUGACCAGCACCUGUAUGUGCAAUAUGAUAUUCAAAUACAAAGCCGCCACUCAAAUCUAACUCAAACUUUUUAUUUUUGUUUCAUUUUCCCCUUUUUAUCCGCUGAACUUAAACAAUUGCACCAGCUGUAAAAGGAAAGAUGUAAAUGUCCAUACUGGCCUGAAUAUAAUUAAUGUGUAGCACCGAUGAGAUUAAAGUGCCAAAUGAGUUGUUUAGGAUCCUAAAAUGUUGUUGUUCUGUUUAAGUCUACUAACCGUCCAGCAGAUCAAGCAUCAAUCAAAGUACUUGUCUGCAGUUUGAUUGUAGCUUGGCUUCAUUCUCCAUAAACUUGUAAAUAUGACAAAGAUGUUGAGAUGGAUUGGUUUGUUAAGCCUCUGCCCCUGUGUGUUGAAUUGUACCUUUUUUUAAUUCAGUAUUUUAUUCAGGCCACUAUGGUUGUUGCUAGUAUAUACUUGUCACAUUGUCGUAAAAAUGUUUUGCACAUAUUAACAUUUGUUUGCCAUUGGGGGGAAAAAAAGCAUACUUAUAAAUGUAUGAGAGCAAGUCAAAACCUAAUGAACAAUUGCACUUGAUUUUUUUUUUUUUUUU